AUGUCGAUGUCGAUGCUUCCGAACAUGAACGCCACCACUAAACCGGUGGUGGACAAUUCCAUCCUAGAAGAGAUGGCAAACCGAUGGCCUCUCGCAGCGACUGCACUCUUUGCCUGCGUGGUUGCGUUUUUGCUUCAGAAUGCCUUCAAGAGCGACCCGUUGGCGGAUCUCCCCAUGGUAGGAACUGAGUAUGGAGGAGCCGAGAGCCGAAGGAAAAAGUUCUUGGGGGGUGCCGCAAAAGAUCUUUACCUCGAUGGAUAUAGAAAGUUCAAGGAAAGAGCUUGGACAAUCACAACGACAAGAGCUUCACCAAACAUUGUUGUUGCUCCAAAGUUCAUGAACGAGCUUAAGAAGCUCCCAGAUGAUGUGCUUAGUUUCAACAAAGCAAUCGAAGAGUUUAUGCACGCAAAGUACACAAAGGUGGAAACCGACAUCGAUCUGCUCCCUCACACCGUCAAGAGUAGUUUGACGCCAGCUCUUGUUCGGCUAAACCCCGUCAUUGCGGACGAAGUCGUCGAAGCUUUACGGAUCGAACUUCCCCAUUCGAGCGAUUGGACCGAGGUCAAGAUCAUGGAUAAACUCCUCCGAAUCGUGGCGAUGGCCUCUGGACGUGUUUUCAUCGGACCCGAGCUCUGCCGCGAAGAAGAAUACCUUGAUUUCGCCAUCAACUACACCGUAGACUUGAUGACGGCCAUUCGCAGGAUCUCUGAUCUCAAGCCUUGGACUCGUCGGUUCUUGGCCCCGAGAUUGCCUGAGGUCAAGAAGGUGCACGAGCGCAUCGAGGCGGCGGAUAAAUUCCUUAGACCCGUCGUCGCUGCCAGGAGGGAGGCGGCAAAGGACCCCGAGCAUCAGAAACCAUACGAUAUGCUGCAGUGGAUCAUGGACGCGCAGACCAAGUAUGGUGACAAAGAAGACAAGGAGCUCGCGAGGUACCAACUUGGUAUCAGUUUCGCUGCCAUUCACACCACCACAGUUACGACUACCAAUGCAUUCUACACACUGGCUGCGAUGCCAGAACUAGUCCCCAUGCUUCGGGAGGAUAUCCAGCAAGCUCUUGCUGAGAGCAACGGCGUCUUUACCAGUCUCGCGAUGCAGAACAUGAAAAAGCUGGACAGCUUUUUGAAGGAAACCAUGAGAUUUUACGCGCUUGGAACAACUUCCUUUCAGCGUAAGGUGCUGAAGACUUUCACGCUUUCCAAUGGCCAAGUCAUUCCCGCAGGAUCGAUCAUCGAGCUGCCCAUGAUCGGCAUGAACAAUGACGAUGAAUUCUUCCCUGACCACGACAAAUUCGACCCUCUUCGAUUUUACAAGCUGCGCCAGGCAAAGACCGAGCAAGAAACAGGCACGAAGCAGGCCGAGGUUGUCGCCCACGCGCAGUUCGUCAGCGUCGGUGGACCCACGAGCUUGACAUUUGGGUUUGGACGGCACGCAUGUCCUGGACGCUUCUUCGCUGUCAACGAGAUCAAGAUGAUCAUGGCGACAACUCUGGCCAACUAUGAUAUCAAGAUGGUGGAGGGUAGUGAGGAGAGAUACAAGAACUUAGAGUAUGGUGCGACGGCCCAGCCGGACCCCAGCAAGAAGAUAUUGAUGAGAAAGCUAUGA